AGCAGUGCCUGAAGUACAAAAAAUGUCAAAAAAAAUUUGUUAUGCAAAAGCUUCGGAUAUAAAGCCCGACCGAGCUCCUUUGAAGAGAACAGCUGCACAAUCUGCUCGGGACCAAACAAAUACGGGAACCCCAGCACACGAUAAAAACAUGGAUGCUUCCGGUCAUUCUCACACCGUGUGUUUCGACGCUGUCAAUAUAGAGCGCCGGUUCAGCCCACCCGACGCCGCGACUUCUUGGCACGAACAAAUAUAUAAAAAAAUAUUGCGUAGCGAAAGAGGAGCAUACACAACCAUAAAAGCAGUAUUUGGUGCCUUGGUGGGCGUCCUAAUUGGCGCAGCAUUCUUCCCUCUAUGUGUUUACAGCUUUGGCUACACAUAUGAAUUAUCGGGUUAUAUUGCUUCCAUAGCAACCGUGCUCCUUAUUCUCUCACUUGCUUUUUCAAGUUAUUGCAGAUGCAUCGUAAGCCUUUGUUUUCCGAACUUCUUUACCGGAAAAGGCCGAGCGGUUCUACUUACGGUCCUGUUGUCGUUGAUUGUGAGUUAUCCCCUAGAAAAUAUCACAAACAACGCCAAAGAAACCGGAAAGAGCAUGUCGUGUGUGGUUGAGUUGGCUGCAAAUCAGAGUCGAUACCUGCAGGGUCAAUUGCGUCAGCCAGUAGAGGAAUUAAAAGCUCACAUCGAAACCCAAUUCGCCUUUGUGAAACGUCUUAGCAAGACUGUUAAAGACGCCUAUGGUGACGCCACAAAUGCGUUGAACGUCGCGAAUGAUGCUUUGGAUUCAACGAUACAGGCGAUCAACAGAGCCAGACAGGAGUGUGAAGGGAGGUUAUCCAGCGCAUCAAGCUCAUGCUCUAAUUUUUGCCACAAUCUUCCGCUGUCCUGGAUAGGACUUUCAUGCGAUUCAGCUUGUAGUUCCCUUUCAACGAUCGGGGACCAGUGCAAACAUCUCAGCGUAAUCAACGACCCUUUAACCGCAGUUUCCAAGCAAGCUAGAGACGCUCUCAAUAAAGCAAUGAGCUUUUUUGACGUCAGUUUUGAAAAACUAGAAGACUUUAGCGCGAGUUCAAAUGCUUCAAAGAACUUUAAAGAUAUUAAAAAAGAAAUCAACGAAGCCAUUGAAUCAAAAGCAAAGACGCUGUUGUCGGUAUUCGGCAUCGGGAAGAAAGUAUUAUCUCUGUCGCUUUUGGUUCUAUUCGUACAAUCAUUCUUGUACCUCAGAAACUAUUUGGCCAAGGACAGUUUCGACAACAUCUAUAUUACCGCUCAGUUCCGGAAAUUAGACAACGAAAACAAAGCACAAGGUAGAGAAUCGGUCCUGCCACUGAAGAAAAAAGAAAAACACAAGUACGUUAAUACGCAGUCCAAGAAACUGAAUCCCAGUGAACUAGCGUACUGUAAACUUGGACUUGUACAAGUUCUGCUACAUUUUAUAAUGUGUCUCCUGAUUGUCAUAUUUGACCUUGGCCUUUAUUACAUCCUUGACCUCGUCAGAAUACAUGGGCAGGUCGAUAUGGAAGUCAAAGGUCAUGGAGAGUUCAGGAUUCAGGUCAAUGGUGAAGGGAUAUUUGCAAACUUUUAUCGUCUUUUCAUUGACAAUCUUAACCUAGAUAAGAGAUACCAAUCAUCCGUGAAUGUCAGCGACUGUCUUCCUGACCCGAGCCCACCGAACUACAACAUGUACCUAGUCUUCCUGAUCAUGUACGCCGUCGCCACUGCCAUCGUCUUCCUACAAGGAUACGGUAUGCGCCUUCGACGGAUAAUUUCCGCAUACUUUUAUCCGGAGCAAGAACUGGCGCGACUGGACUACUUACAUAAGAAAAUUAGUCACCAGAGGGUCAGUCGACUAAAAUUACUCCGAAAUCUGAUCGUUUCUGCCCACAAAGAGUCCCGGGAAAAAGAUAGUUUGCGACUGUCACCGUGGCUUUGCUUUAAGAUUUUCAUUUUGAACAAGAUUAUGUCGAAGGAAGAGAAACUGCAGUGCCUCAGUUGCAAGCAGUCGGAGAGCAGUGUUAGUCACGUGAACAUUAGACGAUGUUCGUCAGAGAUCGAAGGAGCAACAUGCGAGGGCGUUUACUGCGAUGAAUGCUGGGGCUAUUUAGCGGGCUCAUGCGCACUGUGCGAUAAGAAUAACGUCAUAUGAAAGUUUUGGAUAACUAUCUACUGAACCCACACCGAAACAUAACUUUGAGAGUUUAAAUUUGACUCUUAUUUUGACAAUUGAAAAAUGCAUAGAAAUAUGUUAGACUCCAAAGGUUUCUAGAAUUCAACGUCGAUACUUGACCAUUCGAGUAUAUGAAAAGCUGUGGGCUGGUACAGAAGUUUUUGUGGACAAACCCACUUUAUAUCCAUUUAAGUGAAAACAAAUAAAAGUAUUAUCAAAUUCCAAUGGUUUCUGGUAACAUAAGGAUAUUUGUUUUUAGUUUAGCAAUAGUAACGUGUUAAAAUCAUUUAAUGUGAAACAAAACAUGAAAGGAGAAUAGCCAGAGACGAAAUAUGUUUGGGUUUGAAUUUUCGAAUGUGGGCCAUAUAUUUAGAAGUUCAUUAAUUACCGUAAUUUAUGUUUAUAUUAAGCAAAUAUAGAUAACACUGUUUGCAAAAAACGUUCAAAUAUAACAUUGCAUUCGUGGGGGAGCAUUUACGCAUUUUAUUUGGAUAAAGUGAUAAUUGUGUUCUGAAUAAAGAACACAAACAUAAACCAAAAGACAUGGAGACUGGAUGCUUAUGAUUUCAUCCUUUUUUUAAUUGCUUUUAAUUCAUUUCUGACUUCGUCUUCAGGUACAUACUAUAUAUUUUCUAUUGAUAUGUUUAAAAAUUUCAUUGAAUUUACACACAAAUAUUCAUAUUGUAUUAUUGAUUUGUUUAUUAUAAUUGUAAACUUAUACCAGACAUUUCUUCAUUUAUAAUUGUAUGUAUUAAAGGGUCUUCAAGUCUUAAGUCAGUUUUACUCUUAAUAAAAUGUCUUUCUGUC